AUGGAACUUUCGCGGCCCUCGGACUCGCAAAUUGUCGCCGCUUCUCGACCUCGCCCCGGGCACGAUGUUUCAGCCGCACCGGUCAAGAAGCUCGAGGCAACCAUCGCGAGGUUCCAAGCCAUCCUGAGCGAUGACGACCGCAAAAAGCUGCAACAGCUCAAAAUGACGUCGCAUGACUCGCAAAGUAUCAUCACUUUCACGGCCGAGUUGGACCUUCUUGACAAGAAGAGGCGAGGCAAGAGUGUCGCCUCGAGGCUGGCUUCAUUCUUGCAGACGAUUGAACAGUUCACGCCAAUAGUCGACACUUGUAUCCAAUCGAAUCCUGAUAUCGCAGCGCUAAUAUGGGGUUCUAUCAAACUUACCUUUAUGUUUCUGGCCAACUUCGCGUCCUACUUCCAAUCAUUUGUUGAGCUUCUUCACGGCUUCGGUUCACUCUGCACCCGCUUCGCCGAGUAUCAAGUCAUUUUCAAUGAAUCCUCGCGUCUCAAAGGUUCAGUCUGCCAGUUUCACACGGCAGUCGUUACCUGUUGCCAGCAAAUCAUCUUGGCUGUCCGGCGGCCUUUAAAGAAUCAGAUCCUCCAGGCAAUUACACAGUCCUUUCAGUCUGAACUUCGAAGCUACGUCGAAGACAUCAGAGCGAAAGCAGAGGAGGUCCAGGGCGAUAUCCAAUUGGUCAAAGCUCAGUGUGAUCGUGAGGAACAGCAACUUCAGACGACAGAGCGAAAAGAGGCUACCGACCAUCGCAAACGCUUCAGAGCUUGGGCUGCCGAAAUGGAAAUAUUUCAAGGCCAGAGAAGACGAGAUGCAUUAGAACAGAAACGGCGUCGCCUACUCGAGGAUUUAUCCUCAUUCAACUUCACUUCGGCCUUCAACAGCACACGAAACAAGCGCCACAUAGGCACGGCCAAGUGGGUCUUCGAUACUCCGGAAUUCCAACAAUGGGCCAAAAUCAAGGGACCUCCCGUUCUUCAUGUGACUGGGAAGAUUGGGUCUGGUAAAACAGUCUUGUCGUCCUCGAUCGUUGAGAAGCUGUCGCAGAUUCGGCCACCAGACCAAUUCGUGUCGUUCUUCUUUGCCCGGUUUGACGAUCCGCUUAGCCUGGACGCCGAGACAAUCGUACGUUCGUGCAUUCAACAGUUAGUAUCAGUCAUCGAUAUGGACAGCCUUGACCAGAAGACGGCUUCUGAACUUGACGAAUACCUGUCUCAAGCAAAGUUGGCUCUGUUCUCCCUCGACCUACUUUCACAUCUCUACCAUUCUGCGGCCAAGGCCAUCAAACAAUGGUUUAUAGUCAUCGAUGGGUUGGAUGAGUGUAGCGCCGAUCAACAGUCCAAGCUAUUGAAGUUCUUCCAAGGCAUUAUUUCUGGGAACGAUACAACACGCUACAUAAGCGUUAUCUUUGCCUCUCGAGAGACAUGCACCAACGCAAUCAGAAGCAUCUUCCCUGACUCUAAACGACUGGUUACAGGCCUACAGAGUACAAGUACAGACAUUGGUUCAUAUGUUGACGACAUCAUUAUUGACAAAUUAUCAACUGGGGAAUUAGUUAUCAGUGACCCCAGCUUAUUGAAUGAGAUUCUGAGAACAAUUGCGUCUAAGGAGCAGGGAAUGUUCUUAUGGGCCUUUUUCACCAUUGAGGAUAUAUGCUCUGGGAAGACUGACAACGAGAUUCGACAAGCACUUCAAAACAUCCCGGGCGACCUUCCCGCGACUUUUGACCGUGCGCUUAGCCGCAUUGUUCAAAAGCGCAAUCAGGACAUCGCAAAAAAGGCCUUCAUGUGGACAAAAGCAACAACACAACCAUUGACCUUACUGCAACUCCGCGAAGCACUGUCUAUCAAGAAUGGUCAACACACUCUGCGCCAGGAAGAUAUCAUCAGUGGAAUAGAGCGAUUACCUGCUUGGUACGAGAACUUACUUUACGUGGAGGAAACAGACAACACAGUUCGGUUCAGCCAUCAUUCCAUUCAAGAGUACCUUUUGGCGUCAGUUUCUGGUGAACAUGAGGCUUUCCACAUUGACCCUAACCAGUGCGAUAAUCUUGCUGGCGAGGUUUGCAUUACCUACGUCAAUCUUGACAACUUUCAAACGACGUUAGCGGAGAGGAAAAGGGAGCCUCUGACUCCACCCGCCAUAAAGAUCGACCCAAGUGGAAUAGCUGAACAGACGAUACAGUCCGCCAUACACGGUGGCGUCGGAACACGCGUUGGUCGCCUUGCCCGCCAAUUUGUCAAGACGUCAAACUCAAAUAAGACAUCAACACAGCGCGACUUUUCCCUGAAAUCCACCGUGCCAAUAACCAGUAAAGCCCAAGGGACAGCAGACCACCCUUUUCUCGAAUAUGCUUCGACCAACUGGUUCAAGCAUACCAAAUAUAUCAAUAAAAAGGAGACAGAGAUUUGGAGGCUUUUCGGUCAAUUGGUCCAGAAGCCCGCUCAGCACUCACAAGGCGAGCCUUGGCAUAGUACGGAGUGGAGAAACGAAGUCAUGGCGGGACUUCCAAAUCAUGACAAUCCAAUAUCAGAGCGCUUCUCCCAUGCGAUACAGACUAUAUGCAUUGACAUAUUGCAUGAAUCAAACGAUCCAGACGGCUGGCUGGAAUUUCUUGACGCCUUCCUUGUUCUCAUAUACGCUGAGCUGAACGGCUACUCUGUACUUGCAUGUCUGGUCCCGACACACCUUGAUCAUGACCAAUUCGUCGCAGAGCUCAGGAAAGCGAUCGCCGACGGGAUUCCAUCCUUUCCACCAAUACCGGAUUACAAGUCAUAUCCCCUAUGUUACUGCGCCAAGCGACCUCCUCAUGAGUUGAAUUUGGAUAUUUGCCAGGUAUUAGAACUUGGCUACAGCCGAACGACUCAACCGCAUUUGCAGGCUUUCGCUAUUGUGACAGAAGCACUUAGGAAAGAGGGACAUAGAGAUAUUCCUGGCAUCACAGAUCUGAUUGAGACAUGCGCGCUAUCUGCCUAUGAUUUUGUUACAGCCAAGAAUAGCAAUGGGAUGCUUUUGAUCGAUGUGCUCAUCCAAGGGCUCUUGUCAACUAAUACGUUGUACAAAGGCAUCGUCUCAACUUCAAUCGCCAGGCUUGUGGGAUAUGAGACUCCACCGGAUCCACCGGGCUCGAUGCCUGAGCACAAUUCGAUAGAUUAUACGGUCUUUUUUCUCGCUCUUUUGGAUGGAGAUCUCCCUGCUGUACCGGCCCCAGAUGAAAUUGUUCUUCGUAAGCAUCGUCGCUCUGGGGAGCUGAUGAAUUUACACGGCGAAACUAUAACGGCAAUAUUUCGAAGACUCGUUAUCCCCACACUAUGGCCGGCUUAUAUGGCAUCCUACAUCGUCCAGACUCUAUUUGGGGAAUUCCUAAAGACUGAUACUCAGCAUAUUUCCAAUGCCCAUGAGGACUCGUUCAGGGAAGCCGUGUGGAACAAUAAUUGGGACGUUGCAGCAGCUCUGCUGGAGAUUCAGCCGGCUUCGCUAGAUGAAUCUACUAGCUCUGAAUGUGGUCAGGCAGCUAACUUCCAGCGAAAUGCAUCGGUACUUUUUUAG